UAUUAAAGUAAAUUUACUGCUAAUAAAAAACUUUUAUUCAAAUUCUUAAUAUUCAUCUUCUGAAAGAUAAUAAUGACUGAACACAGGAUAGAAAAGCUACACGAAGUGUUGAGGGGUUACAUUAAGAAGAGUCAAAUAAUUUCAGACAAGAAAAUUACUAACUUGACUGCUCCCGGAGAAAACUUUGGUAGUGUAAUGUUAAAAUUGGAUUUAACCCUGAAGGACGAAAAAGAUGGUACGGAACAGGAACUACAUGCUGUGGCUAAAAUGAUUCCUGCUACGGAGUUUCAAAGAACGCUGUUCAACAUUCAAGUGACUUUCAAGAACGAAAUUGCUAUGUAUAACGUCAUCAUACCCACACUUCGAGAUUUCCAAAGGGAAAACGGGAUAAAUCAAGUAAUUGACUGUUUCCCGGAAUUUUACGGAGCUAGGAUAAAUCUAGAUGAACGAAAUGGCACUGUAGAUGAGGAUGCAGUUCUUAUACUGGAAAAUCUCAUCAUUAAAGGAUAUCAGGUCCUAGAUCGCCACAUAGGCUUCGACUUAGAAACAACCCAAUUAAUACUCAAAGACUUGGCAGCUUUCCAUGCCAUACCACUGGCUCUGAAACUGAAGAAACCAGAAGUGUUCGAAAGCAAAAUCAAGCCGUAUCUGGAGCCAUUACACCCACCCUCUUCACCUCACGAUGAAGAAGUCCGCUCAACAUUCAUUAAAAUCUUUCAGGAGUCAUCCAACUGUAUACCCUGGAUUCCAAAAGUGGAAGAAAUCUUUAAAAACAAUGAAACACUUCAAAACGCACCACCAAGAGAACCGUUCUCAACCAUAACCCAUCAGGAUAUAUGGGUAAAUAAUAUCAUGAUAAAACUUCAGAACGGGCUACCAAUUGGCAACAAAUUGGUUGAUUUUCAAGUUUGCGACUACAAAUCUCCAGCCGCAGACCUGUUCUUCUUUCUCUUCACAAGCGUUCAACUGUCGGUGCUUCAAGACAAUUUCGAUGGUUUGAUCGAAUUUUACCACAAACAUUUUAUUUCUCAUUUGGAAAAGUUGAAAUGCGACACUGCUCCUUUUAGUUUACCUAAGUUUUUAGAAGAGAUGAAAGCUGAGACGUCACUUCAAAUGUUACACACUAUCUUCAUGCUGAUGCUUAUAGUUUUUGGGAAAAAGGGAGGUUCUUCGAAAGACUUCGAUCUGAAGGCGAUGAAUGAAACUGAAAAAAUUAAGGCAAACAUAAGCCCACUUGCAAAGGAAAAAGCAUGGUAUCUAAUUCAUACGUGUGGCACAAGAGGAUGGCUGCAAUAAAAUGACCUCUUUUAAUAAAUUAUGUACAGGGCGAUAUGCAGCAUUUUUGGAGCGUUUAUUAUAUUUCCCGAAGAGAAAAAAAUAGUUAAAACAGUUUCGAGUCCAAUUAAAGAAAAUAUAGAAAAAUGGAACCCACUUUCUGGUAUCUCGAUUCGUUUGAAAAAUACAAAACAUUUUUCAUUAUCGUCAAUAUUUCGUAAUACCUAACAACUUUUUCAUUUAUUUAAUAUUUUUAUUUACUUAUUUUUCAAAAAACCCAGUGAAGUAAAUAUUUUUGUGAUAUGGAGUUUAUAAUUCAUUUACUUUUUUUAGCGAAAAAACCUUUAUAUUCUCCUUAAAUGAUAACAUAAGGAAUAUAUGCAUUUAUUUCUGAAGAAAAGCAUACAAAAUUAUUCUUCCAAAUUCAGACGAUUCAAGUUAAUAUCAAAUAUCGUAUUUAACUAUUUUUUUUACUAGCUUUCAGGAAACAAAAAAUGGAGUGAAAACUGUCCACUCUGUACAGUGUGACUUAAUUAUCCUAUGUGAUUAUGUAUAUCAGUUUCUGUAAAUAAAUUUAAUAAUAUUCUAGUUCUCA